GGACAAAUAGACGCUUCACUCAACGAACAUGGGUGCCAUCCCUGAAAAGGGUCUAGUUGCUCUUACCUGGAUUUUCACGGCAACCGCACUUCUCCUGACUGCUGGUCGAUAUGGAAUACGCUACAGACUGCGGCGCGAAUUCUUCCGAGCUUUCCAGUUGGACGAUUUCUUUCACGGCCUGGCGUGCCUUGCACUGAUAGGAUACAUGAUCACGUCGAACUUGGCUUUCUCUUUGGAAUAUAAAAUUGCAGCAGACUCUUCUGGGUUCAGUUCAGAAGAGCCAACUGUGGACGAUCUGAGCCGGUAUUUUCACUUCAUCAUUGCUAUCUCGGCAAUUUUCUGGGUUGUCCAAUACCUGGUUAAGCUCGCUUUCCUGGCAUUCUAUCGCAGCUUAUUCUUUAUUUCAGACGGGUUUAUGCGUGCGUGGUGGUGUGUUCUAGUCUUCACUCUUGUGACAUUCCUCGCGAAUUUCAUCUCAGUCUUUUGGUCUUGUGGAGCGCCCAAGAAUUUGUAUGUUGUGGAAAAAUGCUCUUCUUUAGAUUCAGAGAUAGUGAUUUUUCGCUUUGUAAAGAUGUGGUGUAUUCUGAAUGUGUUAUCGGAUGUGGCUAUUAUGACUUUGCCACUUUGGAUGUUGAAAGGUACGCGAUUGCCAAUUGGGCAGAAGGUUGGAGUAGCUGUGAUCUUCCUUCUGGCUUUUACAGACGUUAUAUUCGACAUUCUCCGAACAUUGUAUACACUCCGCGGCGGAGCUGUUUCAAUUGACAUACUCUGGGAUAUUCUGGAGCUUACGAUUGCAAUAAUCAUAUCUGCUUUGCCGACCUAUCGAAGUUUGCUACCUGGAAGCUCUCACAAAGUAUCAACCUCGUACAAGGAUCUGGAUAAUACAGGCAGACAACUGAAGACGAAGACGGCUAGUGAUGGCAUUGUUAUAAAGAAACAAUCGUACUUUUGA